UUUAUCCCAGCCAUUGAAAAUGAUGUUAAAGCUUCUUCAAAGUUACCACAAAACCCUAUAAGAAACCAUAAACAAAAAUCCCAAACAAAUAUAUAUAACAUAAAAAGGACAAGGUCAUUUGACUUGAUCUUGGACGGCCAUCGGCAGCUUAUCCAGCAUCCCAACUCAAGUCUCAAACUGUUGUACAUGAUAAUGGCGGCUGCAGUUGCAUCACCUACCUAUCCAGGAAAUGUUAAGCUUCCAUCUUCCGAGCGUGUCAAGUCUGGAGUUAUAGUUUUGGAUCUUUAUGCACUGCUUCACAAACCUUCUCAUGCUUUUGGCCAAAAACUCAGUUCUCGCUGCUGUUUACUCGGCAGACCUCAACCUCUACUGGUCAACAAUUUCAAGAGGAUGACAUGGUCUAUCAGAAGUAGUGUGGAUAGCAGUGGGUCGGAUCCAUCUCCAACAAAUGGCUCUACUGGCACGACACGAUUAAUUAGGGCAAUCCAAGCUAUUCAAACCAAGUUAGGUGUAAAAAUUCAACAGCUACGGAGAGGUUUUCCAAUGAAAUUACUCUUCUUCUUAGUGGGUUUCUACUGUGCUACUGCUUAUGCUACUGUUAUUGGGCAAACAGGCGACUGGGACAUUCUAUCUGCCGCUUUUGCUGUGAUUAUUGUGGAGGGGAUUGGGGCACUCAUGUAUAAGGCGUCUAUUCCUUUUGUAAAGAAGACUAGGAACCUGAUAACCAUGUUUAACUAUUGGAAAGCUGGGCUUUCCAUGGGUCUCUUCUUGGAUUCAUUCAAAUAUGAGUUCAAUGACAUCUUUGGAUUCAGUAACCCCUUCAAUUUUGAACUACACGCUUUCUCAAUAUUCUGGUAACACAAGGCUUGUUUGAGUGCUGCUUACUGACGUGUUUCUCAUCCGAAGUUGGAGAAAAUGUGACUGGUAAACAUAGGUCAGGAACUGCAGUGGUGGAGCAACAUUGUUAGCUUUUCAGAACAAAGAGAAGGUACAAAGAGUAAUGGGUUUGCCAGAAAAAUAAGGAGCCUUUUCGCUAAUGAUUUAUUGGAGAACUGCUGCACCAGGAAAGAAGACAGAGGAGGCUAGUGCAACCAUGAAGGUUAAGUCCACUGGAAGAUACUACUGAAAGAAAGAGAAAUUAUCAGUCUAUACCAUGUUAGACCAGAAACCGAGUAAACCAAAGAAAGGAUCUUCCUCGAGUACGAAGGGAAAAGGUGCUCCAAAACUUUCAUCCUACACUCACGGUAUUGAUCGCCCUCCCUCUGAUUAAGAAGUUGAGUAUGUGCUAACAGAGGCCAAAUUGUAAGCCACUUUAAUGCAUCCAUAACGGGCAAAAGAGUUAAGAAAGUGUGAUAAGGACCUUGCUGCCCAGGACAGGAGUCCUUAAGCGUGAUAAGGACCCUCUGUGUCAGCUCAAGAAAAGAAACUUCUAAAGAAUGCACCAGUACCAGAAACAAUGGCAGCUCAUGGGGUCAGGUGCUGCUGAAACUCAAGCUUCAAAGAUUUUUGCUGGGUUGAGCUUCCCAAAUGAUAUCUAUGGCCGUCCUACUAAGUCAUUCAAUGGUGGCUGGAGGAUGAGAAUUUCAUCAGCUAAGGUACUUGUUGAGCAACUAACUCUUUCGUUGCUUGAUAAGGCCCCAGACAAUCUCGACUUCAGGCCUGUUCUCCGAUUGGAGGAAUACUUAUGCCGUUGGAAAAGAAAAAAACUGGUUGUCACAUGUUCGGGAUCACCUUGACACCGCUUGCACUCAGAAUUCGCGUCUUCGUGAUAUUCAUUCGACUUCUACUGGGGAAAGAUUGAUGAGUUUUAUGAGCAACAUCACGAAGAGGAGUAAAAAAAUUGGAGGAACUUAGCAAGCUGGAGUAUCCCGUUCAAAGCUCGCCUUGAUAAUAAUUUACUGAAUUUUUUUUUUGGUAAGAAAAGUAAGUUCACAUGGAGCUUGGGCAAGAGGAAAUUAAUGGUUUCUCGUAAUACCAUCUCUCGCUCUCGGUGUAGUGACAUUUCGUUUUCCAAUAUCAGAAGAGGUCCUGGGUCUGGACUUUGGAAGCUGAAAUUUGAAAACAUUGGGCUACUAAUUCCAAAAGUUGCAUAGGAAGCAGGCAACACCAGGUAACGGGCAUAUAAUAUCGACUAAUCUGCAAGAGAAACGGAUAUUGCAAAUGCAAACUGGUAUAUUUGUAUAAGCAACAUUACACAACUCAUCCAACUUUCAUAAAAUGGCAACUGUUAAAGGAGUGAAACAAAUACAUGUAAAUUAUACCUUUCU